UUAGACGAUAUCUGAAGUGCUUUUAGUGAACUCAUCCAAACUGAGUCAAUAUCUGGAGAGUAAACCAAACAUAACACAGUCUAUGGGCGCCGACUGUGCGCUCGUUAUCUUCUACUAUAAGUGGUGUCCGUUUAGCGCCAAAUUUGCUAAACAUUUCAACGCAUUGGCCAGAGUUUACCCACAGUUUCACGUCCUGGCCAUCGAUGCCUACGGAAUGAACAGCGUUAAUAUGAGGUACGGAUUGGUAGGCAUUCCCAGCGUAUUGUUCUUCCAUAACGGAAAAGUAGUGGGAAAAGUGAACGAUUCCGAGCCUACUAUCGAUGGGUUCGUGUCAUACAUCACCCAAAUGACAGGUGUGUCACCCGUGGGCUCCACAAACCUGACCGACUCUGACCUCUUGGGCCCGCUUUCGAGUACACCGGAGCCUAAGUUUGAUUAUUUGCUGCUAUUUUCGUGGGUCUUUGCUUUGGUUUGUUUCUUCUAUCUCUUCGCCAAAUCCAAUGUCUUUAAGACUACUAUAGAAACCGUUAGAAACAAUUGGAGAGAAGCCGAAGCACAACACGAACACAACGAUUAGAUUCACU